AUGUCGGACGAUCAGCCCCGCAGAAGUCGGCGAUCCUCCAUCUCCGAGCAUAUCCAGCGCGUCUUUAAUGUGGAUCGACUGGACAAGAAACGCCCGAGUGAUGAUUUUCAGGCGGAGGCGAGGCACGCUGCCUUGGUACCCAAAUCCGAGAUCACCAUCGGCUUUGAGGUCGGCCCUGGCAGUACCAUCGCGGGCGAAACCAUGCCCAGUUCUUUCACUCUUUCAUCUCAAAAUUCUCGACUACCAUCCAUCAGUACGCCAAGUUCAAGUCCCCUAGUUCAUCCAGUGCGGGUUCAAGAUGAAGACUCCAAACAGCCGGCAUCAGACAUGACUACCCCUGAUAUGACUACCCUUAAUACUAAUACCGCCAACCAUGCAACUACCGCAGACAAAGAUCUCAUCUGCAAAUCUCCAACCUGGGAGAAAGAGGUCAACCGCAAAGAACGACGCGCCACCAAGCGACUCGAGGCCGAGCGCAAAGAACUCGAGAAACGCCUUUCCUCUCUGGAUGAGGCCCAACUCAAAUUAGAGCAAGGCAUCUACGACAGAAGCUCUCGUCGCUUGACAAAAAAGCAACCGCUAGGCACCUCAGCCCGCUCAUCGAGCGCCAAUACCGAAAGACCCAGAUCAGCAAGCUUUACCUCCCUUUUCUCGUCUAAGCGACGGUCUCGAUCGCGAGCAAGUUCAAUGACUGGAAGUGACCGGGAAUCGCGCAGUUCAAUCGAGAAUGGACCCCCAACACUUCCCUUAACUUUGCCUGAACAGUUUGGUACUGCGGUCUCUCGGGAACUUGCAACCCGCCACGGAACAAGUCUGGUGCCGUCUCAUCAGAUGACUCGGGCGCUGCAUCACACCACGGCCAAGUCGGAUGAUCUUCGUGAGAGCUGGAAGAUGGCCGAAGAGUGGAAGAAGAAGAAUGGAGGAGCAGAGCCGGACAUGGACAACAUCGUGACAACGAGAAGGGCAUCGUUCAGAUCGAAAUUCAACAGGUCGGAGAAACACCCUACCAGCGGAUUCUCCAAUGGCUAUGCCCCCAGCAAGGCUAUACCUGCACCGGAGCCAGCUCCCCACGCACACUCGAAGGCGACGGAAUUAUCUGCAGAUCUCGACCGCGAUUCAUUCACUGCAGCACUCCGAGCCGAGAGAAACACGCCAGGCAUGGCAAGCAGAACACCCAACGCAUCAAGUCCUCACAGUACCCCUCCGCGGAAUAAGACCCCAAGAAAUACUGCACAGCUUGAAGCUUGCCCGCCAGCUUCGGUCAUCGCGGCCCGUCAAGCGAACAGCGCGCUGCAUGCUCAUCCAGAGAACUCUCCGACUCAAACUAGCCCGAAGGCUUUUCAUGGCUCGACAGCGACAGCCGCAUCGACAACGGGGAAUUUCCCAAAGAAAGGCCGAGUCGAUAAUAGUCCAAAGACUUACAAGUCCUCUCCCCUGGCCCUGAAUCCUUUUACAAACAAAGAUGUCGAUCAAAAGCACGAGCGGUCUUUAAAAUCUGCAAUGCAAUCUACUGGUCAUGGUCAUGGUCAUGGCCAUGGAAAUACAACGCCGUCUCGUUUCCCCGAGGGACAAGGAGAGCGCCGUUUAAAUACAAAUGGGUUUAAGAGAUCAAGCCCACCAACUCGCCCAGUGUCGGACCAUUCGAUCGCUGCCAAAAUGCAAGCCCCCGUCCCUUUCCAGCAACAGCGCCCACCAAAUGAUAAAUCAAAAGAGAGCCGACCUGCGAGAAUAGUCUCGUCCGAGAUGAAUGAGCAUAUCUCGAGAGAUGCAAAGCUGUCUCCUCUAAUGGUUCCCCCACUGAAACAUUCUGGCAGACGAAACUCCACGCUGGGUAGCCUGUCAAAGCCAAACGAGACACAGGAGACGCUGAGCGUUGGGGCAGAGGCAGAAGUAAAUGCAGAGGCAUCGGGACUGGCACCGAUACCAGUCCUUGAUCAAGUGAAUUCAAAGAGUGAUUCCACACGCAAGGUCUACCAACUCACAGACGGAGGUCCAGGCAAUACCUCGAUGCAAAGCGUACACCGUCCGGGUCACAGUCGAACAUCAUCGCAUUCAUCAUACGGAGGAUCGAGCUACGAUACAGCGGACGAAGAGUUCCCCUACGCCAACCCAACCCUGGGUACGCAAAUACAAGAACCCGCCCCAAACGGAACAACCAACCCAAAUGCCUACCACAUCUCCAUCCCAAGGACAAAUCCAAAUCCCCCCCUCGCCCCAGAUGGCCCAAUUGCAAUGAUGCGAUCAAAUCUCGUCCAAAGAGUCAAAAAGCCCGUAAAAGACCAAGUCCUCGCAAAGUUAUUCGUCAUCUGCUGCUCUUGCAAAUGCUGGCACGAUAUGCCCUCAGAGAUCUACGCCCGACUAGCAUGUCCAGAGCGCCUCCCAUCCGAAUCUCGCCUCAUCCGAACAUUCUCUCGCAAAAGUUCGCGGCGGAACGCGAUCUUUUCUUCGGACCCAUCGGGUCGGGGUUUACCAAGUCAAUUAAGGGUGGCGAAUAACUCGAACAAGGGUGCUGGUGCUGGCCCUGGGACUGGGAUUGAGGGUACCUCCGAGCAGCGAAAUGGAAAUGGAAAUGGAAGUGGCGCUUCUCCUCCGUCGGUGCCUGUUCAAUGCAAUUGGUGUGGACAUGGUAUGACCCGAGCCUGUUGUCAAGGGUGGACUACUCUCGUCCAAAUGCGCGAGAGGCAUCACUAA